AUGGGAACUGGUGGCCGCGUAUGCAGAAAGAUGCCCAACAGUAUGUCCAAAAAUGCUACAAGUGCCAAAGCAAGGGGUACUGCUAACAAAAGGUUCUUCGUUGCUGCCACUGACUAUUUCACUAAGUGGGUGGAGAUUGAAGCCUUAACAAACAUAAAGGAAGCUGACAUGAAUAGGUUUGUUUGGAGGAGUGUCAUUACUAGGUUUGGCAUUCCAAGGACCUUACUAUCCGACAAUGGCACCCAGUUUGAUGGGAAGGUUUUUAGAAAGUUCUGCUCUGACUUAAAAAUUGAGUUCAUAAAAUCUACUCCAGUCUACCCUCAAGGCAAUGGUCAAGCUGAAGCGUCUAACAAGACGGUCAUCAAUGGGAUGAAGAAGCGGUUGGAGAAAGCCAAAGGCAAAUGGGUGGAAAAACUACCAAAUGUUUUAUGGGCAUAUAGGACUACACCGAGGCGAUCAACAGGAGAGACGCCCUACUCCCUCACUUAUGGAAUGGAGGCUAUCAUCCCCUUGGAGGUCGGUGUUCCCACAAUUCGGUCUGAAAUCUUCGAACCAGCAAACAAUGAUGAGGCCAUCGCUCAAGCUCUAGACCUAGCAGAGGAACGUAGAGAGGCUGCCCUCAUUUGA